AUGUCCCUGACCACACUUAUUCGUGUCCCCGCCGUUUACAAAGCCACCGCCCCAGGAAGACGUGAUGCCGGCGACAUUGAUCUCCCCGGCAUAACACUGGCCAUUACAGUCAGAGCUCACGCCCGAGUCGCCCGUGCUGUCACCGCGCCACUUGCAAUCUUUGGGUGCGCUGCUCGUCGGACAACAAAUGGGUUCUCCGCAAUGCUAGAUAUCUCGAGUCAGAGAGUGGACCUGCGCAUGCAAUUGGGAGAAGAAGAAGCAUAA